UCUCAUUUGAAGGUGUGGUACUUCUCUCAGAUCGCAGACAUGAUGGAUGUGGAUACUUUCAGUUUCAUUUCUGGAUAAACGGGAGGGUUUUGAACAGCAGCACACAGUCUGGAUCUGCAGUUGUCCACAGGCUCCCCUCAUCUGGAGUAGAAGACCCCAAAGUGAACAAACACUGAGUUUUGAGACAACUGAACCUUCUACCAUGAACUCCAUGUUGACCAGGACCCAGCAGGUAACCAUCUGGAAGGAGCUGGGGACGAUCCGACUGAAGCUGCUGUACAAGGCGUCCGUCCACGGUUUUACCGCCGCAGCCUUCCACCAGCGAUGUGAUAACCAUGGCCCCACUGUGUCUGUGGGCUAUAAUAAUUCUGGUUAUGUGUUUGGAGGGUACACCAGCAAACCCUUUAGUCAGUCUGGGCAGUAUGUGAAUGAUGACAAGGCCUUUCUUUUCAACUUCAGAGGAGAAAGGCUCAACAAAUACCCAGUCACUAGUUCUGUUUAUGCAGUGAGAAUGAUAAGUACUUCUGGUCCAUAUUUUGGAGAAGCACUGGUUCUUCUCAAUGGAGGUCAAGCUGUAGUUUAUACCAACCCUGGGAGCUACUACAAUUUCACUGCUGCAGACAUGCAUGGAAACAACCUUAACCUGACUGAGUGUGAAGUCUAUGAAGUUGAGGAAACCACUGAACUUGAGAAGCCAUGGAGGAUGAUAGUUUGGGAACCUGAGCAGAGGGUGAAGCUGAUGGACAGUAUUCAGUCCUACCAGCCCAUGAACAGCUCUGUGUCCCAGUUUCGGGUUCUGCUCAUCGGACCAGUCGGAGCCGGAAAAUCCAGCUUCUUCAACUCCUUUAAGUCAGUGUUCAGAGGUCAUGUCACCAGCCAGGCCAUCGCAGGCAGCUCCACCACCAGCCUCACCACACAGUUUCGCGCCUAUUCUGUGAGAGCUGGACGAAGUGGAAAACCUCUGCCAAUCCUCCUGUGUGACACCAUGGGACUGGAGGAAAACAAAGGGGCGGGGCUUGAUAUAGAUGAUAUCAGCAGCAUCCUCAAAGGUCAUCUGCCAGAUUGUUACCAGUUCAACCCCUCUGCUCCUCUGCAAUCGGAGAGUCACGGCUACCGAAAGUGUCCGGAGCUCAAAGAUCAGAUCCACUGUGUGGUCUACGUCACUGACACCUGCAAGAUUUCCAUCCUGUCGUCUAAGGUUGAGGAGAAGCUGGAUGCCAUCCGCAGAAAAGUCAACCUCAUGGGGAUUCCUCAGCUGGUCCUGCUCACCAAAGUAGAUGAAGCAUGCCCUCUGGUGAAGGAGGAUGUGACAAACAUCUAUAAAAGCGGCUACAUCAGAGAAAUGGUGCGGGACAUCAGCGACCGGCUCGGUGUGCCCAUGUCCUGUGUGAUUCCGGUGAAGAACUACAGCGAGGAGCUGGAGCUGGACACGAGCUGUGACAUCCUGCUGCUCAGUGCUGUCAUCCAGAUGCUGCGCUGUGCUGAUGAUUACUUUGACGAGAUCAGUGACCGUCUCAGCAGCACUGAAGUCAAAGAAAAGCGUUAUUAGCAUUCCACCUUAGGCAUCUGUAAGAGCAGAACACAGCAUGUCUUUGUAAAGCAUGGUUUAGGAACAUGUUUUGGUGGAAUAUUUGUGUUGCAGCCAGUGAUAUAAACAAAGAUUUACCGUAAGGCAAACUAAAUUUGUGUCUGCCAAGUUAAUUAAAAAACAGGCUGCAUUAAGUUCAGUUUAAGUUUCAGUGUAACAGGUUUUUUCAACCAGUGUGGUCAUGGAGAAUCUAAGCAGUGUCAGUAUUACAACAAAGAGAUCACACUGGAUGUUAUUUUUCACACACCUUAAUUUUAUUUUAAGGGUUUAUAUGCUAAGCAAGUUUCUGAUAAAAGGCGUGUUCUGUUAUGUUGUAUGUUUAUGCAAUAAAAGUUCAUGGUUAUUUGUCCACUA